AUUUUAAGCCCCCAAAAAUUGAUUUUUUGUCCAAAUACAAUUCAGGAAAAAUAAAAGUACACUCAAAUCCAAAUUUAAAAUGAAAAAAAGAAAAGAACUUUGAAAUUUCUGAAGAAUGAUUUCAGUUGGGUUUUCAGAACGAUGUCCGAUUCGUGGAAAGCAACUAGAAAAGAAUGAAUCAACGCGGCGUCUGAUAUGGGUUCUGACUCGUCUUCAUCAACAACCCUUCCAUUUCCUUCAAUUCGAAUAACAUUUCAAAUCUUUUUGAGUGUUCAAAUGGAAGUUUCUUCAGAGUUUUUGAACCCAUCUACAAGGCACUGGCUAUUUCUUUUUCAUUCUUUAUAUAUUUCUGCACAUAUUAGGUUUGAUAUGUUAUACCUAUCUUUGGAAAAUCAGAUUAGUUCCUUUUGUUUGAUUUUUCUUCAUGCAGUGUUUAAAGGGUAUUAAAUUAUAUCCAUACCUUUCGCUAUUUAAACCAUUUCCGUCAUCUUUGUCCUCCUCUGCACUUCAUUCCUUAUCGAAUCGAGCUUUCUUGAACUCUUCGUCGUCUUCCCUUUUCAGCUUCAGAACACUUGGGGCUACUACUUCAUAUAUAGCAAACAAAAGUCCAAUACUCAGCCGAGGGAUGUCUUCUUCACCAUCAACUUCAUUGGCAACUGCAGAGAAAGUGACUCUUCAAGAUAAUAUUCAACAGCUUGAAUUAUUGAGCUGUGUUUAUGAUAAUUAUGAUGGAGUCAUUGUAGAAAUGAAGGACUCUAUGGAUCCAAAUGAAUUUGGUUCUUUGCUUAGAGCUUCAUUAUCUCAAUGGAAACGACAGGGUAAGAGGGGUAUUUGGGUCAAAUUGCCUAUUGAACUUGCAAAUCUUAUUGAAGUUGUUGUUAAGGAAGGAUUUGAUUUCCACCAUGCCGAAUCCCAUUAUCUAAUGCUCGUGCGAUGGAUCUCUGUGACUACAAACAAUCUUCCUGCUAAUGCCUCUCAUCGUGUGGGCAUCGGCGCAUUUGUAAUGAAUAGUAAUCGACAGGUGCUCGUGGUUCAAGAGAUUAGUGGCAAAUUCAAAGGUACAGGAGUUUGGAAGUUGCCAACUGGCGUGGUUAAUGAGGGGGAGGACAUUUGUGAAGCAGCAAUUAGAGAAGUGAAAGAAGAGACUGGUGUCGAUGCAGAAUUUGUAGAAGUGUUAGCAUUCAGGCAAAGCCACAGUGCAUUUUUUACGAAAUCGGAUUUGUUUUUCGUAUGCAUGUUACGACCAAAUUCCUUUGACAUUCAAAAGCAAGAUUCAGAAAUUGAGGCAGCCAAGUGGAUGCCCAUUGAUGAAUAUGCAGAUCAACCCUUUGUAAAAAACAAUUCGGCUUUCGACUACGUGGCAAAAAUAUGUUUAGCUAAGGCGAACAACAGCUAUACCGGGCUCUUGGCGAUGCCUACAUAUUCAGCAUCUGGUAAAAUGACAUACCUCUAUUCAAAACUGCAAAUCUGAACUCACCUAUUCAAAACUGCAAAUCUGAACUCACUUCAGCAGCAACAAAAGAAGCUCAAAAGAAUCUGUAAAGUGUUUGUGCACAGAUCAUUUGUGUAUUAAUUUCUUUGCUUUUGGUUUUUUUGUGGUUCGAGAAAAUUUUAUAGUUAGUCACAUGAUUUGUUGAUUUAAAGAAGUUUAUAUUGUUUUCUUUCAAGUGUUAGUAACAAGUUGAAGAGUUAAUAACAUAGUACCGAAAGGUAUUAUAUUAGUGUACUGUCCAACAUUUCAUGUCCUUUUUCAGAAUUACUUUAAAGUUUGUUUAUUGGUUAUAA